UAUAAACCUUGAGCGUGAUGUGGCUGGCGACCCAUUAGAAGACAUUCACAGCACGACACACGUCGCCUGAUUCACCGGUGCACUCGUAAAUAUUAAGAAAACCCUAUAAACAUGUGGUGCAAGUACGUGGUGGUAGCGUUAGCGAUGGCGGUGUGCGCGGAGGCCUACUCCAGCGGAGCGCCGGAGAGCGCUUGUGUCGACAUGAUUCCGCGGCACCCCGUCUCGCCGCAGCAGACGCCCGCACCCUACAUCAUCACCACCAGCGCCAAGACGGUGAAGUCUGGCAAUCCGAUCGAGGUGGUGAUCUCGGGCAAGGAGGAGUCGAACACCAUCGGCGGUCUGCUGUUGCAGGCUCGGCAGGGUAACAAGCCCGUAGGAACCUUUACCGUGCUACCCAACGACCCCUUCGCGAAACCCCUCAACUGUGGCAGCCCUGGCAACGCUGUGACCCACAAGAAACACGAGUUGUCGGCUGAGAAGCAAACUCUUAAGUUCCUGUGGACUGCUCCUAAGGACUUCGAUGACGAAAUCAAAUUCAGAGCGACUGUCGCACACAACGGCGCCGUCUUCUGGGUGGGCCUAGAAUCUGCCCCCGUCAAAGUAACCCUCUAAGUUAAUUUAUAUCUUAGGUAUUACGGUCGUAGCAUCUAUUUCUACUUGCCUAUUCCUUUGUUACCAACAUCACAUGUAAUACUCAAGAUAAAUGGAUUUAUAUCAGUAUUUCACAAUCUAAGAACUACAUGUCACAUUACUAAUAAUUAAAUUACAAUUUAUUUAGUUAUAUACAAAAUAAGAAAUAAAUAUUUUUAACUUAA